UUUGUUUUCUCCCAAUUAGUUAUUUUAACUUGACAUCAACCAUGCUGCGCCUUGGAAUGCCUAUGAAUAGGAUCAACAUGCGCCGUGUAGUGCAUGAGGUUCCUCUGUAUAGGCAAACCCCACAUUGUCGCUCUUCAUUGGUCUUGCACCGCAAUUUCCAUGUCACAAGGCGAACUUUGUUCUCUACCCAGAGUAACAGUCAAGGAUCCUAUGGCAGUCGCUUGAAGAAGACAUGGAAUGAAACGCCUGUCAAGUGGUCACCUAUCCCAAUCGGGUUAGGUCUCGCAUUCAUUGCUUUUCUACAAUACAGAAAGGUUAUGGAGCGGGAGGCAAAUCGCGAUCCGAAUGUCACAAAAGCUGUUAUUGUUGGGCCUUGGCAUGUUCAUGUGAUCAGCGAGUUACCACUGAAGACGAUAUCAAGGCUCUGGGGCGCGUUCAAUAGCAUUACUUUGCCCAUGUGGUUCCGAGUCCCAGGAUUUAAGCUUUAUAGCUGGAUUUUUGGAUGCAACCUGGAAGAGAUGAAGGAUCCUGACUUGACUCAUUAUAAAAAUCUGAGUGAAUUCUUUUAUCGUGAAUUGAAGGAAGGUGUUCGCCCCAUCGACUACAGCGCAGCCCUGGUAUCGCCAUCAGAUGGACGAGUUUUCCAUUUUGGGCUGGUUGACGGAUCAAAAGUAGAGCAAAUUAAGGGCAUGUCAUACAUGCUUGAGGAUUUCUUGGGUUCUCAUAAGGCUUCAAAGACUGCUGAAAUCAUCAAGGCGACUCAUUCAGCAAACGUUGUCGAUGAAGAAGAAUUUGCAGAAGUGAACGGUAUCAGUUACACACUCGAUAGCUUGCUGGGUCAUGAUCAACAUGCAUCGAUGGAGCAUAAGAAACAGGACAUGCAUGGCAAUGUAGUCCCUGAUGAGGAAGCUGAUAAGAAAGCGAAAUUAAAUGAGGAUGAUGGCCAACUAAAGCUUCGCCCAGGGAAUGCUCUUUUCUUUUGUGUGAUUUACUUGGCCCCAGGAGAUUACCAUCGUUUCCACUCGCCCACGAAUUGGGUUGCAGAGACUAGACGUCACUUCUCGGGUGAGCUGUAUUCGGUUUCACCAUGGAUGGUAAAGCAGCUUCAGGAUUUAUUUGUCUUGAACGAACGUGUGGUUUUAUUGGGCAAAUGGCGUCAUGGAUUCUUCUCAAUGGUGCCCGUCGGCGCAACCAACGUUGGAAGCAUCGUUUUGAACUUUGAUAAAGAGCUUCGCACUAAUAGUAGAGAGGAUCGAUUCAAGCGUGGAUAUGGUGAACUUUUAUACAGUGGUGUGAGUCGUUUGUUGAACGGUCAACCCUUGCGAGUUGGUGAAGAAAUGGGUGGAUUCAAGCUGGGUUCGACUGUUGUGCUUGUGUUUGAGGCACCUCAGAACUUUAAGUUUGUGAUUGAGCCUGGCCAACGUGUCAAGAUGGGUCAAGCUCUUGGACGACUGGAAUAAAAGUACAGCUGGAAUAAGCCAAU